AUGGCUACAAAAUCCCAACCCCAACUCACCCUGCAAGGCGCCCAUAUCGCCCUCGCCGCCGCCCAAUCCCACGCCAAAAUCAUUGGUGUGCCCAUGAAUAUUGCUAUUGUAGACGCGUCGACCAACCUUAUUGCUUUUGAACGCAUGGACGGGGCCAAGAUCACGAGUAUUAGUAUUGCGAUGGAUAAGGCUUUUACGGCUGCUGGGCAUCGUGUUGGAACUCAUACAUAUAAAGACGCCGUCUGGCCCGGUGGACCGGCUUAUGGCAUUGGUAACAGUAAUGGAGGACGGUUUACUACUUUCGGAGGUGGAUUGCCUGUAAAAGAUGCAGAGGGGAGGGUUGUUGGUGGGAUUGGAGCUAGUACUGGAACUCCGGCGCAAGAUCAGGAGGUUGUUCAGGCUGGCGUUGAUGCUUUGGAGAAAGUGUUGAGAGGGGAGGGGAAAGAGGGUAAGUCGAAGUUGUGA